ACUCUCAGGCGCUCGUACAAUUUUCUUACCUCCCUUCUACCAAUGUCAGCGCAAAUUCAAGACUCUCAGCUCGCAAACAUAUGGGCGUCUGCACUCAGCAAGUACAGGCAGGACACCAAGCAAGACCUGCUGCGUGUCAGCCUCGAAGUCGAUUCCCCCAAAGCUUUGCUGGAGAUCAUCGACAAAGAAAUGAAGCAAUUUAAAGAGUAUCGGAAGAAGGGGGAGAGGACGAGAGCUGUAGUUAUCUCUCUUCUUGAGAUGGCGGCUUCACUGUCGGAGAUGGUCAGUGAAGGCCUCACGACGUUAUGUCCCCCAAUGAAAGCGGUGUCUAUCGCCAUUAGAAAGCUAUGUGGAGCAGCCGGCAGGCUCAGUGCAUAUUAUGACAUGGUCAUCGACAUAUUCGACGAAAUGAAUGGGUUUUUGCGUCGUCUACCUGUCUAUAUGAAGCAAAAGACGACCAGAGAAUUUGAAAGAAUUCUUGUCGAUACUCUUGCCCAACUCCUCGUGACUCUCGGGGCUGUUAUCAAGUCUCUCAAAAAUAGGUAUUGCCUUCAACUCCUCAAAACGCUGGGUGGGCGUGACGCGAAGGUGAAGGAAGCGAUGGACAGACUAAAAAAGGUGUCAAGCCAGGAAGCACCAAUGGUUAUGGCUCAGGUUUUGGCCAACGUCGUGGAAACAGCGGAUGCUCAGAAAGACAACGCGGAAAGAAUGCUUCGCAAGGAAGAGAAAUCGCUUUACAAAGAUAUCCACUCGUGGCUCCAUCCACCCGACGUUUCGACAAAUCACAACGUAGUUUCCGGAGCACGACAGAAAGGGACCGGCGACUGGUUUGUGCAGGGGCGGGAAUUAUUGGACUGGUCGAAGAAUCCGAACUCAUUUCUUUGGAUUCAUGGUAUUCCUGGGAACGGGAAAACGGUUCUUUGUUCUAGUGUCAUCGACACCCUCCAGCUUCAGGCUCAAGCCAAACCGAAGGUCGCCGUGAUCUACUUUUACUUGGAUUUCAAUGAUCCCGCUAAACUAGAACUCCGAGGCGUCAUCCAUGCUCUGGUCGAUCAAAUGCUGCUCCAGAGAUCAGGAAUUCCUGAUCUACUGAGAAAUCUUUACACUCGGUAUCGCAAUGGCACGCAGCAGCCAAGUCUCCGGGACCUGAGUUCAGUUCUUCAGUGUAUGAUCCAGUCCUCUGAAGAGACAUAUAUGGUCAUCGAUGCUCUUGACGAAUGUAUGGGACCGGAACGAAGGAGCCUCCUUGAUUUUCUUGUUGAGAUGGGACGUUGGAAGCUCGCUAAUCUUCACACGUUAGUCACGAGUCGAGCCGUGCAAGAGAUCGAGGACACGAUCCUACGGCGGCUUACAGGCGUCGUAGAAUUCGAUCUGAAACUGCGGGCUGGUCUUGUCAACCAAGACAUUGACACAUACAUCAAGAAUAUACUCGAUCGUGAUCGUGCUCUUCGAAGAUGGCCGCCGGACGUGAAGGCGACUAUUUCUGAAAUCUUGCUGAAGCAGGCUCAUGGAAUGUUCCAAUGGGUCCAUUGUCAACUGGAUACCUUGCGGAAGUGUAUAUCACUCUCCGAUCUAGAGACCGCAUUGCAUAAUCUGCCGGAGACAUUAGACGCAACCUACAACCGCAUACUCCAAAGCAUCCCUCACGAUUAUGAAAAGAGGGCCCAUACCAUCCUGCAGUUUUUGUGUUUCUCCGCUACGCCGAUGACCUUCGGUGAGCUCGCUGAGGUUGUCACAAUUACCGAGGACGAAGAAGGCAUCCCGCGAUACAGACCUGGGAAUCGACUACGAAGCCCGGAGGAAGUACUGACGAUCUGUGGGAGUUUAGUAACCGUCUCACCUGAGAUGUCCAUUAGGGCUGGGAGGGGGUUGUACUCAUCGGACAAUGCGUCCCAUGACCGAGAUCGAGCACAAAGAACUCUUCGACCGUCCCAUUUCUCUGUCCAAGAGUUUCUCGUUUCCCAGAGGAUUCUUAGGGGCUGGUCCAGGAACUACGGAAUUAGCGCGGAACUAGCACAUAAAAAUAUUGCUACGACAUGCCUGGCAUACCUCCUGCGAUUUGACAGUUCAGACGGUCUGGAAACAAAGGCAAUAUCAGAGGAGAACGACGGCGCCCUAGCUCUAUACGCAGCACGAUAUUGGAUCCAUCAUUUCCAAUCCCAGGAUGCAGAUAUCCCAGUCGUACUCGAAGAACUCUUCCGCACCCCUCGAAGCGUGCAAUUCUUGAACUGGAUCAGACUAUAUGAUCCGGAACGACGAUCAGCUACGCCACAGUGGCAUCGAGACGAAGAAACUGUUCUCUCGCCGCUUUAUUAUGCAUGCUUGGCUGGACUACAUACGACUGUGAGAUCGUUGUUGAACCAAGGCGCAGAUUUAGCCACGCAAGGCGGAGACUACGGAAAUGCUCUACACGCAGCUGCACACGAAGGUCAUCGAUCAGUUGUGGAACUACUGCUGGAUAGAGGCGCAGAUAAGGACGCGAGAGGAGGGGAAUAUGGAACAGCCGCGCAGGCAGCUUCUUUUCGAGGUCACGAAAAGGUCUUGCGGCUGUUACUUGAGCGAGAUGUGGAUGUGAAUGCCGAUGGAGGAAAAUUCGGAUGCGCCCUACAAGCAGCAUCGUAUGGAGGUCAUGCCAGGAUUGUGCGCCUCCUGUUGGAAAGAGGUGCAGACGUCAAUAUGGUGGGAGGAGAAUAUGGAACCGCGCUGCAAGCGGCAUCUUACAAGGGUCAUGAGGUGGUCGUACGACUGUUGGUACAAAAAGGGGCCAUCGUGACGAUCCGAGGAGGACGAUUUGGAAGCGCACUCCAGGCAGCACUGUACCGAGGCCACGGAGCACUCGCAAAGCUUCUGCUGCAAUUAGGAGCAGAGACCGACCUUUCAAGAGAGGCCUAUGUGCGGGUAUUGCAAGUCGCAGCCCACAAGGGCCAUAAACAAGUUGUACAGUUGAUGCUAGACAGAGGUGCGGACCCUGACGAACGUGGACACCACGGAAAUGCGCUGCAGGCUAUGUUCCAACCUACGUUUCAACCCUAUCCAUAUCGUGGGAUCAACCGAGAGGUCGUGCAGAUGUUGUGGGAUAACGGUGCCAGACUCUUAAUCAACUCAUCUGCAACUCGAUCGAACAGCCAUCUUUCAUCAACAGACUGGAUUUCCGGAGCAGAGAAAAUAGCGACAUCAUUGGACAGGAACGAUCUCAGUUCCAUGAAAAUGGAGAGGCGGAAAAUGGCAAUUUUUUUCGAGUAUGGGGAGGUUGGGUGGGCGGCGUGGCAUGAGGUGGAGUGGCGUGAGGUGGAGUCGCCCGGCACUGGCCCGGCACUGGCCCGGCAUACUCCCAAAUCUGGCCCAAUUCAACCGCGAAAUAUCUUGAUGUGGUAUACCGUGCAUGCUCUGUUGGAGAUGAGCGCUCAUAGCGGUGCGAAAUCACAACGGGCCAUCAAGUCGUGUCCUCUCCCAAACCCACAGGGAGACCUGCGCGUACAUGAUCACAAUCAAGUGAAUUCUCGUAGCUUUGGGGUCGAAAUGAUCAGUUUCUACAUUCUAGGCUUUAUGGAAUUGCGUGUAUGCAAACCUACUUAUACUAUUGUCAACAUUGCAGCCAAGAUGGCCCGAUUGUCAAAAUUUUCCCUGAAGCUCAAUGCAAAAUCCAAGGUCGCUGUCGUACUAUCGCUCGAUACGUUGCACGUUGGGCUUCUAAUCGUAUUUCUCUACUAUUAUUCAGUAACGAAUUUCGGUGACUAUGAGGUCCUAGCCCUUGUUACAUACUUCUUCGCGUAUCGGAUAUACUCUUCGCAAAAAUUUGCACCUUCGCAAAAGCCGCCCUUGUCAUGGUUGGGUUCGAAAAAUGAAGUUGCCAUCAUAAAUCCCGAACGAAAUUUAGCCAGAAAAGCGAUAAAAUUACUCAUCGCCUAUGCGCUGAAUGCGUGCCUUCUUGCAAUCAUAUUCAGUGGGGCUUUUUUGAUUGCGGUUUAUCUGAUAUCUGCAUUGCAGUGGCUUGCCGAGACGACCACUUGGAUGUAUCUGCCCUUUUACUUCAUCUACAUUCGCUUGUGCGUCAACAGCUUCAUGAGCUGUCGGUGA